AUGUCGGACAAAAUGUCUAGUUUCCUCCAUAUAGGAGACAUUUGCUCCUUGUAUGCAGAAGGUUCCACCAGUGGAUUUAUCAGCACUUUAGGGCUGGUGGAUGACCGCUGUGUGGUACAGCCAGAUGCAGGUGACCUCAACAACCCACCUAAGAAGUUCAGAGAUUGCCUUUUCAAGCUGUGUCCAAUGAACAGAUACUCGGCACAGAAACAGUUCUGGAAAGCAGCAAAACCUGGAGGCAACAGUACAACUGACACAGUCCUCCUCAACAAACUUCAUCACGCUGCAGACCUUGAGAAGAAGCAGAACGAGUCUGAAAAUCGUAAGCUCCUGGGAACAGUCAUCCAGUAUGGAAAUGUAAUUCAGCUGCUGCAUUUGAAAAGCAACAAAUACUUGACAGUCAACAAGCGUCUACCUGCGCUCUUGGAGAAGAAUGCCAUGAGAGUGACUCUGGACUCAGCAGGAAAUGAAGGAUCGUGGUUCUACAUUCAGCCCUUCUACAAGCUCAGAUCCCUGGGAGACAGUGUUGUGAUUGGAGAUAAAGUUGUCCUUAACCCUGUAAAUGCAGGGCAGCCUCUUCAUGCCAGCAGCCACCAGCUAGUCGACAACCCAGGAUGUAAUGAGGUUAAUUCUGUAAACUGCAACACAAGCUGGAAAGUUGUUCUUUUCAUGAAAUGGAGUGACAACAAGGAAACGAUCCUCAAAGGGGGUGAUGUCGUUCGGCUAUUCCACGCAGAGCAGGAAAAGUUUCUUACUUGUGACGACCACCGGAAGAAGCAGUAUGUUUUUCUCCGAACCACCGGCCGACAGUCUGCAACUUCUGCCACCAGCAGCAAAGCACUGUGGGAGGUGGAGGUUGUGCAUCAUGACCCAUGUAGAGGAGGAGCAGGCUACUGGAACAGCUUGUUCAGGUUUAAACAUUUGGCCACAGGGUGCUAUUUAGCUGCAGAGCUGGACGCAGAUAACGAGGCUCUUCGAGGCCGUCUCCGAGCUCCACAGGAGAAAAUCAUGUACACGCUGGUCCCUGUCCCCGACGGGAUGGAUAUCUCCUCCAUCUUUGAGCUGGACCCCACCACUCUGAGAGGAGGCGAUUCCAUGGUGCCCAGGAGCUCCUACGUCAGGUUAAGGCACUUGUGCACCAACACAUGGGUUCAUAGUACCAUCAUCCCUAUUGACAAAGAGGAGGAGAAACCCGUCAUGUUACAGAUUGGAACAUCAGCUGUAAAAGAAGACAAGGAAGCAUUUGCUAUAGUCCCAGUACCACCUUCAGAAGUACGAGAUUUAGACUUUGCCAAUGAUGCAAGUAAAGUGUUGGCUUCUAUUGCUGGCAAACUAGAAAAGGGAACCAUUACACAAAAUGAACGGAGGUUCGUAACAAAGCUCCUGGAAGAUUUGGUUUUCUUUGUGGUAGACAUUCCCAACAGUGGGCAGGAUGUUUUAGAGAUCAUGGUUAACAAACCCAACAGAGAAAGACAGAAACUCAUGAGGGAGCAGAAUAUUCUUAAACAGAUUUUUAAACUUCUCCAAGCCCCUUUCACAGACAGCGGGGAUGGUCCCAUGCUGAGACUGGAGGAGCUCGGCGAUCAGCGUCACGCACCAUUCAGACAUAUCUGCAGGCUUUGCUACAGAGUCCUUCGCCAUUCCCAGCAGGAUUACAGGAAGAACCAGGAAUAUAUAGCCAAGCAGUUCCGUUUCAUGCAGAAACAGAUUGGCUAUGAUGUGCUGGCAGAAGACACAAUAACGGCUCUUCUCCACAACAACAGGAAGUUGCUAGAAAAACACAUCACUGCUGCUGAGAUAGACACAUUUGUUACUCUAGUGAGGAAGAACCGGGAGCCCAGAUUUCUGGACUACCUGUCAGAUCUGUGUGUGUCCAUGAAUAAAUCCAUCCCAGUGACACAGGAGCUCAUCUGCAAUGCAGUGUUGGACUCAAGCAAUGCUGACAUCCUCAUCGAAACCAAAUUGGUCCUGUCGAGGUUUGAGAUCGAGGGGGCAGCAAACGGGGAGACCCCUGUAGAGGCAGAAGAUGAAGAAGAGGUUUGGUUGUUCUGGAAAGACAACUGUAAGGAGAUCCGCAGUAAGAGCGUCAGGGAGCUGGCACAGGAUGCAAAGGAGGGUCAGAAGGAGGACCAAGAAGUGGUCAGCUAUUACAGGUGCCAGCUGAAUCUCUUUGCACGGAUGUGUUUGGAUCGUCAGUACUUGGCCAUCAACAAGAUCUCUGGUCAGCUAGACGUGGAUUUGAUCCUGCACUGCAUGUCUGACGAGGACCUGCCCUAUGACUUGCGGGCAUCUUUCUGCCGUCUGAUGCUGCACAUGCACGUGGACCGUGACCCUCAGGAGCAGGUCACACCAGUCAAAUACGCUCGCCUGUGGUCUGAGAUUCCCUCUAAAAUCGCAAUUGAUGACUAUGACAAUGAUGCAACAACACGAGAUGAGAUCAAGGAGCGCUUCAGCCUCACCAUGGAUUUUGUGGAAAACUACCUGAGGGAAGUGGUGUCUCAGAAUAUUCCCUUCUCUGACAAAGAGAAAAACAAACUUACCUUUGAGGUAGUAAACCUGGCAAGAAACCUCAUAUAUUUUGGUUUCUACAACUUCAGUGACUUGCUGCGCUUGACAAAAAUCUUACUGAACAUUUUAGACUGUGUGCAUGUCAGCACUGUUUACCCCAUAAACAAAAUUGAGAAGGGGGAUGAAAACAAAGCUGGCAGUAAUGUAAUGAAGUCCAUUCAUGGAGUGGGGGAGCUGAUGACACAGGUAGUGCUACGAGGAGGGGGUUUGCUUCCCUCCACACCAACUCAUCAGCCUGAGGGAGACGUGGUGAAGACACAGACCGAACCCGAGAGAGAGGACAUCAUGGUCAUGGACACAAAGCUCAAAAUCAUUGAGAUACUGCAGUUCAUUCUGAAUGUACGACUGGACUACAGGAUUUCUUGCCUGCUCUGUAUCUUUAAGCGGGAGUUUGAUGAGAACAACCCACAAGGAGACAACCCUGCCAGUCAGAAUGGAACCAACAACAUUACAGCUCAGAUGCCAGGGAAUUUUGACUUUGAGAACAUAGAGGAACAGGCGGAGGGAAUCUUUGGUGGAAGUGAAGAAAACACUUCACUCGAUCUGGAUGACCAUGGUGGUCGCACAUUCCUAAGGGUUCUGCUGCACCUGACGAUGCAUGACUAUCCUCCUCUUGUGUCUGGAGCCCUUCACCUGCUCUUCAGACACUUCAGCCAGAGGCAGGAAGUCCUCAUGGCCUUUAAACAAGUCCAGUUGCUGGUCACCAGUCAGGAUGUUGAAAACUACAAGCAGAUCAAGUCAGAUCUAGACCAGUUGCGCUCUAUUGUGGAGAAGUCUGAAUUGUGGGUUUACAAGAGGCAGGGAGAGGAUGUGAUGGAUGGAGAUGGACCUUCAGAGUCUGACAACAAAAAGAAGGGAGAUUCUUUUGGUUCGGACAAGAAGACCGAAAGCACCAGCUGUUACAAUUACAGAGUUGUAAAAGAGAUCCUUGUGCGCCUCAGUAAGCUGUGUGUCCAGGAGGGAAGCUCAGGAAAGAAGAGCAAGAAACAGCAGCAGAGGCUUCUGAGGAACAUGGGAGCUCACAGCGUGGUGCUGGAACUCCUACAAAUCCCCUACGAGAAGGGUGAGGAUGUUCUUAUGCAGGAGAUCAUGAAACUGGCUCAUGAAUUCCUACAGAACUUCUGUGCAGGAAACCAGCAGAACCAGGCUCUCCUCCAUAAACACAUCAACUUGUUUCUGAACCCAGGAAUCCUGGAGGCGGUCACCAUGCAGCACAUCUUCAUGAAUAAUUUCCAGCUGUGCAGUGAGAUCAACGAGCGGGUGGUUCAGCACUUUGUCCACUGCACAGAGACGCAUGGUCGACAUGUCCAGUAUCUCAAAUUUCUGCAAACGAUUGUUAAAGCUGAGAACAAGUUCAUCAAAAAGUGCCAGGACAUUGUCAUGGCAGAGUUGGUGAACUCUGGUGAAGACGUCCUGGUCUUCUACAACGACCGAGCCUCCUUUCAGACCCUGGUCCAGAUGAUGCGUUCAGAGCGGGACCGCAUGGAUGAAAACAGUCCUCUCAUGUAUCACAUCCACCUGGUGGAGCUCCUGGCCGUCUGCACGGAGGGCAAGAACGUCUACACCGAGAUCAAGUGCAACUCCUUGUUACCCCUGGAUGAUAUUGUGCGGGUGGUCACCCAUGAAGACUGUAUCCCAGAGGUGAAGAUUGCCUAUAUCAACUUCCUUAAUCACUGUUAUGUGGACACAGAGGUGGAGAUGAAGGAGAUCUAUACAUCCAACCACAUGUGGAAGCUAUUUGAGAACUUCCUGGUGGACAUUUGUAGGGUGUGCAACAACACAAGUGACAGGAAGCAUGCAGAUACCAUGUUGGAGCGUUAUGUAACCGAGACAGUCAUGAGCAUUGUCACAUGUUUCUUCAGCUCUCCCUUUUCUGACCAGAGCACAAGCUUGCAGGUAAGUGUGGACUGGCUCGUACAUACUCGUCAGCCAGUAUUUGUGCAGCUGCUUCAGGGAGUCUUCAGAGUAUACCACUGCAACUGGCUCAACCCUGUUCAGAAGGCCUCAGUCGAGGCUUGUAUUAAAGUACUCUCAGACGUGGCAAAGAGCAGAGCAAUUGCCAUCCCCGUGGAUCUCGACAGUCAAGUGAAUAACUUGUUUGUGAAGUCCAAUAACGUUGUGCAGAAGAGCAUUCUCAACUGGAGACUAUCAGCCAAGAAUACCUCCAGACGAGACUCUAGCCUGUGUACCUCUAAAGACUAUAGAAACAUCAUUGAGAGGCUGCAGGACAUAGUAUCUGCCCUGGAGGACCGUUUGAGGCCGCUGGUCCAAGCUGAGCUCUCAGUGCUGGUUGAUGUCCUGCAUCGACCGGAGCUGCUCUUCCCUGAAAACACAGAAGCUCGCAAGAAAUGUGAAAGUGGAGGAUUCAUAUCAAAAUUAAUCAAACACACCAAGCAACUCCUGGAGGAGAAUGAGGAGCGUUUGUGCAUCAAAGUACUCCAGACACUCAGGGAAAUGAUGACAAAAGACAGAGGCUAUGGAGUCAAGGGCGAGGCUCUGCGACAGAUUUUAGUCAACCGGUACUAUGGAAAUGUCAAAUCUGGCCAACGGAGAGAGAGCCUGACAUCCUACAGCCACGGUCCACUUGUUUCUGGAGCACCAGGAAAAUCUGGGGGAGGGUGUUCUGGCUCUGGGAUUGGAGGUCGCGGGGAGUUGAGUUUGGCCGAGGUCCAAUGCCACCUUGAUAAAGAAGGAGCCUCUGAUCUCGUCAUAGACCUGAUCAUGAACGCCACCAGUGAUCGGAUCUUCCAGGAGAGCAUACUGUUAGCCAUUGCACUGCUGGAGGGUGGAAACACAGUCAUCCAGAGGUCCUUCUAUCAUCGUUUAACGGGGGACAACAAGUCAGAAAAAUUUUUCAAGGUGUUCUAUGAACGCAUGAAGCUGGCCCAGCAGGAGAUCAAAGCUACUGUGACAGUCAACACCAGCGACCUGGGCAGCAAGAAGAAGGAUGAGGAGCCACCAGACAAAGACUUGCCAACACGCAAGAAAGAUGUGCCACUCGUAGCAAUGGUGACUGAGGAAGUGAAGGAGCAGCUGGUCGAGGCCUCUGCUGUCACCAAGAAGGCCUACACAACGUACCGCCGUGAGGCUGAAGCCGAAGAGCACCAGGCGGCUGCUGACGGCUCCCCUGUCCCGACCCCUGACAAGAGCCAAGACGAAGAAGAAAUGAGCGUCAUUAUUACCAUCAUGCAGCCUAUUUUACGUCUCAUGCAGCUGCUUUGUGAGAACCACAACAGGGAUCUGCAGAACUUUUUACGCAACCAGAAUAACAAGAACAAUUAUAAUCUGGUAUGUGAGACUCUUCAGUUCCUGGACUGUAUUUGUGGCAGCACCACAGGAGGACUGGGCCUACUGGGCCUCUACAUCAACGAGAAGAACGUCGGACUCAUCAACCAGACAGUGGAGAGCCUAACUGAGUACUGCCAAGGCCCUUGUCACGAGAACCAGAACUGCAUUGCCACUCAUGAAUGCAACGGAAUCGACAUCAUCAUUGCUCUCAUUCUCAACGACAUCAACCCUCUUGGAAAGAAGAGGAUGGACCUGGUGCUGGAGCUCAAAAACAAUGCCUCCAAGCUUCUUCUUGCCAUUAUGGAGAGUCGCCAUGACAGUGAGAACGCUGAGAGGAUACUGUACAACAUGAGGCCUAAAGAGCUGGUGGAAGUAAUUAAAAAAGCCUACAUGCAGGGUGAGAUAGAGGUGACGGAGCCAGAGGAGGGUGAAGAUGGAGAGGAAGAACAUUCUGCAUCGCCACGCAACGUUGGUCACAAUAUCUACAUCUUAGCACAUCAAUUAGCCCGACACAACAAAGAACUGCAGGCCAUGUUGAAAUCAGGAGGAACGUACGGAGAGGGUGACGAAGCUCUCGAGUUCUACGCCAAACACACAGCUCAGAUUGAGUCAGACAUGCUCGAACCACCUCCCUGGGGAGGCGCCCAGAUGCCCAAACCGUCUCAAUUGGCUCCUCUCAAUGUGGAGAAGCAGUGGUUCGACUCUGAGUCUUUCCUGAAUAACUGA